AUGUUUGCUCAAUCUUUGGUGCUUUUUGUGCUUAGCACGUUAACAUUAAUAUUAGCAAAUGAUGAUCCAUCAUUGCAACGAUUUCGUGGUCAUAUUUUAAAAAGCAAUGGAAAAUAUGAAAUAAUAACAGCAUUAGCUAAUUCUUAUAAACCACCUGAUACAAAUUUGAAUAAUAUCUUGGCAACUGGAUUUUGGGAUCAAACCUAUAAUAUCACUGGUUGGUCUGUAUUAGAAAUAAAAACAUUAGAUAAUCAAACAAAUAUUGAACAAGCUUAUUCAGCUGGAUUACUCGAAGGGCAAUUUACGCGAGAAUUAACUAGUAUGCAAUGGCAAAAUAGCAUUGAUGAUAUUUGUGCUAAUCAAUCAGAAUUUUGUUCUUAUCUUAAACAAUUUUUUCAAAUUCAACUUGAUUGGAUGUAUACACAAAUUGAUAGUUAUCCUGAUGAUGAAUAUUGGCAUCAAGUAAAUUUACUUCUUGUUCAACUAAAUGGUCUCAUUGAUGGAAAUGAAAAUAACCCACGUGGGCCCAGAAAAGAACUUGAUAAUCCACUUGGAUUCUUUUUAUUUCAAGUAGUCGAAUCUGUUGGUGAUCUAGCUGAUCGUUUUAAUGUAUCCAAUGUUGAACGACAUGAUAGUUGUUCAGCUUUAAUUAAAAUCUUACCUGAUUAUAAUGAUAUAUUUGUUUCACAUGCUGAUUGGAGUAAUUAUAAAACAAUGUUAAAAGUAAUUAAACGUUAUGUAAUGCCAUUAAAACGAUCAUCAGCGGCAGAAAGUCCUCUUAUUCCAGGAGCUGAUAUAAUCUUUUCAUCUUAUCCAGGAACACUUCAUUCAGUUGAUGAUUUUUAUAUGACACAUCCAGCUCAAAUGACAAUAAUCGAAACAACAAUUGUUAAUAAUAAUCGAAAUUUAUUACAUAAUAUAAUUCCAAUUUCUGUACCAGAAUGGAUUCGUGUUGUUAUUUCUAAUCGUCUAGCUAAUUCUGGUCGUGAAUGGAUUGAUAAAUUUUUUCUUUAUAAUGAUGGAACAUAUAAUAAUCAAUGGAUGAUUACUGAUUUUAAACGAUUUACACCAAAAAACAAACCACAAUCUGAAUUUUUAAUGGUUGCUGAACAAUUAGUAACUGAUUUUGAAUACCAAGAUAUGACAGACACAUUAGUUAAUCAAACAUAUUGGGCAUCAUAUAAUAAUGUUUAUUUUCCACGUUUUCGAGAUUUAUCAGGUGAAGAAGCAAUAGUUCAUGAAAAAGGACCAGAAUUAUAUUCAUGGCAAAAUUCAUCACGAGCAAAAAUAUUUAGACGUGAUCAUAUAAAAGUUGUUGAUCUUGAAUCCAUGAUUCAUAUGAUGAGAUAUAAUAAUUUUCAAAAUGAUUCUUUAUCAGCAUGUAAUUGUACUCCACCAUACUCAUCAGAAUUAACAAUUGCUGCACGAUGUGAUCUUAAUCCAUCUAAUGGAACGUACCCAGAUCCACCAUUAGGACAUCGAAUUCAUGGUGCAACAGAUGCUAAAAUUACUAACUAUGCAAUGAUGCAAAACUUUUCGCUUGUUGCUAUUGCUGGUCCAACAUCAGAUAAUCAACCACCAUUUGUUUGGAGUGAAUCAGAUUUCAAUACAAAUGUAUCACAUAUUGGCCAUCCAGAUAAAUGGAAUUUUACAUCAUUUACACCAACAUGGGUGUUUUCGUGA